GCGACACUGGCCGCUGCUGCCGACCUCGUGCUCCACCAACAGCCAUCCUGCAUAACUCGGCAGCGCUCCCUUCCCCUCGGCCCUUUGCAGCACCGCAGGCUUGACUCGCCAGGCUGAAGCGAAGUCUCGAGUCGACCUUCGAAAGCUCCAUCGGCCAGCCGAAAUGCGACCUCUUUAUCGCGAAUGAUAGACCACAUCGUGCACGUGCUUGAAGCAGCCACAGCCACACAUGUCGACGUCUCUUCCUCGUCCCCUCGAGCCAGUCCAAGCCCUGCCCAGUAAAGGCCAUGCAUGCCUCGAGCACUCCUCAAAGCAGCCGCUCGAACCUCCGCCCCGUCAGCUCCAACGAUAAUGCCGGCCCGCACCACAAGCUCACGCCCCAGGAGGCAGCCCUGCGCGGCGCCUCCCUUGCCUUCUCCAAGCAGCAGCAGCAGCAGGCUCAAAAUGCACGGCGGCAGAGCCUGACGCCCAGCUUCAACAACCAGGCUGCACUGGACGGUGGCGCCCUCGUGGCGGCCACCUCGGCCUCGAGGGCGCGGUCCCCGACUGGCAGCGUCAGCAGUCGGCAGGGCAACCGGUUGAGCAGGCAGGGCACGGGGGCUGGCAAUGGGAGGAUAAGCAGGCAGACAACCGGGAACAGCAGCGUCGCGUUGGAGGGCGACGUGGGGGGCCAGGCUACCAACACCACCACCACCACCACCACCACCGAGCAGGAGCGGGAACGCCUGGCGCUGUUCCUCGGGUCGCCCGGCUCCGAGCAGUCCAGGACCCCAUACCUGCUGCCCCCCGGCGGUCGGGCUGCGGGCGGCGCCGGCACAGACCCCAAGUCCACGAGUUUCAUCGCUGCCACGCUUGCGGCGAGCAGGAGCGUUAGUCCUGGUUCCGGGCCGGCCGCGCAGGGCGGGGGCGGUGGUGGUGGUAGUGAUGAGAGGGCCGGAAUCGCGGGGAGGAUGGCACGUCUCGGCGAGCCGGCGACUAUACGGAGGAAGCCCAACCCGAGGACGGACAGCCCGGCAGUGAGCACCUCGACCAGUAGCUCGGACGGACUCCCCGAUACGGCACAUCUAGCGCCUGCCAACUCGCUGAUCUCUAUGUUCGAGCACAAGGGGGAUCAGGACAACAAGUCCAAGGGGUGGCCCCUCCCAGACGUGCAGCUUGAUCACGAUGAUGAAGAGAGGGACUUGCGCGCGGAGAAUGUCAAGCCGCGACGGAAGCCCGUGCCAAAGACGAAGCCCAAGCCCCAGCCCAGUCCCAAGCCCAAGCCCAACUUGAAGACGACAGCUGGGGAUGAGACCCCGUCUCCGCCAGUGAUCAGGAGAGCCAACACGGAGAUAGUGUCGCCGAAGCCUAGGAGGCCUGAUACCAAGCCGAAGUUGGAUUUCGAGCCUCCCGCGCCUUCCGGUGAAGUGAGGGAGAAGUCAAAUGUCACGAGUGUGGAAGGGAGAAAAAGUAGACCAGAGCCGCCCAGACCAAGGAAAGCGGAGAAGAGCGAAGCCACAGAUCAGCGUACAGCUGCACGUCCAGAGUCAACAGACGCGGCGAUACCCGAACCAAGACCUCCCACACUACCAGCUCGGUCUUCCCUUCCAACCAUGCCAGCCAAGCCACCAGCGCCGAAGAAGAGGCAGACCCUGCAGAGGCUUGCCCUCGCGCCGAGUGCUGAUGGCCAGGACUCAUCCACGCCCAUCUCACCUCACGACAGGGCGGAUGGAAGGCCUCUGACUGGGGAUUCCAUGUCAUCAAAUGAUACCUUCGUGUCAGCAUCCUCGACACCCACUCGCGCAGAAUCACCACCUGUAUUCGAUCCCGCAUCUCGGACGCUCACGCCCAGGGCCCUACCGCCACGUGCGGCUUCAGCCCGACCGGUGACCCCCGCUUUCCCAGUCCGCAAGACCAUCACCGGCUCGUCCCAGCUUCCCAUAGACUCCCUCUCCGACGCCAUGAUGGCAGGCUCCCUCGCCUCAGCAAGACACACACCCGUGCCCGGGGCAGGAACCCGCACGCCGCCAGCCAUACCGCCGUCACGCCGCACAGGAGGCGGGAGGAAGGCAGCCAGCCGCGCCGCGUCCCCGCACCACAUGAGGAAGACGCUGCGCGACCAGCGGCCCAAAUCAGACGACGAGGAGGCGCGGAGGCCACACCACAAGAAGAAGGGCCUCAUCAACAGCAAGAAGCACACGCACCACGAGGGGUCGCGGCGCAGGUGGCGCGAGGAGAUCACGGAGCGCGAGAGGAAGCGCUACGAGGCCGUGUGGGCGAGCAACCGCGGGCUGUUCCUCGUCCCGCCGCCCGGGUCCGGGCCCGGACCGUCGUCGGCGCAGGCCCGGGCGUCCACCUCGGACCCGGCACUGGGGGUGCGCGACCGGAGCCACGAGGAGCUCUCGGAGCACGUGGCCAGCGUGGUGGUACGCGACAUCUGGUCGCGCAGCAGGCUGCCGGCGCCCGAGCUCGCCGAGGUGUGGGACCUGGUGUACGGGCUCGGCGCCAGCGGCAGCGCCAGCGGCCCGGAGGGCCGGCCCCGCGUGCCGGGCGCGCUGAGCAAGAGCGAGUUUGUCGUCGGCACGUGGCUCAUCGACCAGCGCCUCCGGGGCCGCAAGAUCCCGCCGCGCGUGAGCGAUAGUGUGUGGAGCAGCGCCAAGGGGCUGUGGUCGGCUGCCGGGCGGAACCCUAAUCACCACCAGCAUAGGAAGAAGGGGAAGGGGAAGUGAUUGCGAGACGGGGGAGAGACGACCGCCCCGACAGGCGUUGAAAGGCAGGCAGGAAGGCAGGCGCCUCCUGGUUGGAGCAGCUCUCACACAGAUCACACGCGCGCGCGCGCAAACCCGCCUCUCCUGUCGUUGCGCUUUGACAUAGAUUCGGCAUCAAUGAUACCCCACCGAGCAGUCUUUUCAGAUAUAGAUAUAAUUGGUCUGGGCCCUUUGAGGCGUGUCAAAGGGAGUUCCACCGGCCUAGCUAGCGAUACAAAUACCGGGUCGCAACCCUCAUUAUAAUAG